AAAGGUAUGAACCUAAUUUUUCCAGUUUCAUACUUGUCAAGAUUGUUAUUCCUUAGUAACAUAAAUCAUUUGUGAAGAGUAAUAGAAAUCGGUGAAGAUGUUUCGGUUCGGUUGGAUGCUAUUCUUCCAUUAGGAAUUAUCGAUUUGGGUUUGAUGUUGAAGUUGUUUCUUACAAGGGCAUCAGCUCCAGCUCAUAGAAGAGUUAAAGAAAGUCCUCUUAGUUCUGAUGCCAUCUUCAGACAGCUUUUUUGCAGGUUUGAUGCAGCUGCUAUGUCCGGUGUAACACUAAUGCUUUUAGCUAGUGUUGUGUGGUUUAAGUUGGUGUCAUAUGCACAUACAAAUUACGAUAUGAGGGCGCUUUCCAAGUCCAGUGACAAGGUGGCCCCUUACAAUACUUUCUAUUCGCAGCUGGAAGAGCACCGGAGCCAAGUUGGUGUCGAUACAACUAACAACAAAUGGAACGAAAAACUUGUUUUGGGUGUGGUGGAUCCAAACGAUUCAUUAUCUCAUCCGACAGGGGUCUUUGAUGUUCAAGUUAAGUCUGCUACGUGCUUGGAUUCUGAUCAUUUUGCCAACUUCUUGGUGAAAACAUGGGCAAAGCUUCUUAAUGCGUUUUGUACUGAAAGCUGGAACUUGAAUUAAUCUACAAAGUCUAAAUCCAAUGUUAUAAGGACACCUAGCUGAUGAAGUUAUUCCCUGAAAUUGUUCGAAACAUCUGUGACCAGGAAGUGCUUGCAGAAGAUAAGAUUCUUCAAUGAUUCCGCUAAGGAUUAAACCUCAAGGGAAGGUGAGAAGUUGGGAUAUCACUUGCUAGAAAACUCAUAAGCUUUGAUUUAACUGUUUGUAUCUGGCUAUGCAUGUAAAUGAUGAUUGAGGAUUUUGGUUUUUGUACUUCAAGGCUUAUGGUUAUAAUGAUGACUGCCAUAAUUAAUGAACUAGUUACGCUAGGAUUCCAUGUAUGACCCAUUCUGUAUCUUAUGCUCGAGAUAUGUCAAGGUCGUGAAUUAAUGAACUAGUUACGUUUGUGCCGUUGUGUCGA